AUGGACGCCCUGGUCUCCAGAUACAGCCGUCCGGCGUUCCAGGAGGAGAACACCUUCCGGGAUGAGGAGGAGCAAGAUCUCGAGCUCAUGGGCGCCGCUCCCCCGCUGUCCCUGAAGUUCGCCAUGCCCCCAGUAGCACACCCCUCCUCCUGGCUCCGCGCCGCAACAGACGACCGCUCGAACCCCGACUGUCCCAUCAAGAUCGCCCACGGAACCACAACACUGGCCUUCCGCUUCCAGGGCGGCAUCAUCGUCGCCACUGACUCCCGCGCCACGGCCGGCAACUGGAUCGCCUCGCAGACGGUGAAGAAGGUCAUUGAGAUCAACUCUGUCCUCCUCGGCACUAUGGCCGGUGGCGCCGCCGACUGCCAGUACUGGCUCGCCUGGCUCGGCAUGCAGUGCCGCCUCCACGAGCUCCGCCACAAGCGCCGCAUCUCCGUCGCCGCCGCCUCCAAGAUCCUCGCCAACCUCGUCUACAGCUACAAGGGCAUGGGCCUCAGCAUGGGCACCAUGUGCGCCGGUGUCACCAAGGAAGAGGGCCCCGCGCUCUACUACGUCGACUCGGACGGCACGCGUCUCGCCGGCAACCUCUUCUGCGUCGGCUCCGGUCAGACAUUCGCCUACGGUGUCCUCGACGCUGAGUACAAGUACGAACUCUCCGAUGAGGAGGCCCUCGAGCUCGGCCGCCGCAGCAUCCUCGCCGCCACCCACAGGGACGCCUACUCUGGUGGCUUCAUCAACCUGUACCACGUCAAGGAGGCCGGCUGGGUCAAGCACGGCUUCAGCGACACGAACCCCAUCUUCUGGAAGACAAAGCUCGAGAAGGGCGAGUUCUCCAACGUGACGGCGGAUCUGGAGUAA